GAUAUUUUUAUGAAGUGUAAAAUUCCACAUUGGCUUUUUUUCUUUCAACAAUUUAAAGAUAUUUCAUUUCCUUCUGGCUAUGUACUUUCGUAGUUUCAGUGAGAUAUCUGAUGUCAUUUUGUCUUUGCUCCUCUGAACAUAAUGAUUUCAUUUUCUUCCCUGUUUUUGUAAUACUUUGGCUAUGAUGUGCCCUCAUGUGGUUUUCUUUGUGUUUGUCAUACUUGGGUUCCUUGAUCCUCUUGAAUCUGUACAUUUAUAGUUUUAUCUUUUUGAAAAAUUUUGGCUAUCAGUUUUCAAACACAUUUUUUUUUCUAUUUUCCCACUCCUUCUCUUCUCUUUCUCGGAAUUUAACUGCACAUAUAUUAGACUGCUUUGUAUUUUCCUACACUGAGGCUUUAUUCCUGUAUUUUCCAUCUUUUUUUUAAAUCUCCCUUUUUAAAUUUGGAUUAUUUCUGUUGUUGUUUUCUCAUAUACUGAUCUUUUCCUCUGCAGUGUCUAACAUGUUGCAAUCUCACCUCAUGAUAAUUUUAUUUCAGAUUUUGUAUUUUUCAUUUCCACAAGUUCCACUCAGUUUUUUAAAAAUAAUCUCUAUUUCUCUCCUCAUUGUGUUCAAGUUUUUCUUUAUAGCCUUGUGUUUAUUCAUAAUAUUUAUAAUAGCUGUCUUAACAUCCUUAUUUGGUAGUUCAUAAUUUGUCAUUGUUGAGUCUGUUUCUAUUGAUUGAUUUUUUUUCUCUGAUUAUGGUCUACAUAUUCCUGAUUUCUUCACAUGACUGGUAAUUUUUUAUUGGAUGCCAGAAUUGUGAAUUUUGCAUUGGAUUUUGUAUGCUUUUAAAGAGUGUUUUAUUUAUUCUACCAAGUAUUUAAAUUACAGAUCAGUUUUAUCCCUUUGAAGCUUGUGUGGGAGAGGCAGAAAUUUUCCUCUACUUUUCUAGGUUCUUCUGGCUGUUCUAAGAGAUAAAUUGACAUGAGACAGAUUAAUAGGAGAAAAUCCAAUUUAAUGGGAACCCCACAUACAUGACAGAGUCAAAGUAUUGAGUCAAAGUCUCAAUACUUGACAGGUUCAGAGAUAAAAGGUAAAAUGAGGUAUAUAUGCCAUCUUGAGCUAAGGAAUGGGAUGGGGCCACUGGCUUCAGAGGGGAGGAGGUUAAUUCAUAGGAUGAUAAGAAGAGCAGAUGUUCAGUAAUUAGAGGUUUGCCUUGCCAUACAGAUAGGUCAUGAAAAUUUAUUUCUGGUGAUAAUUUAUUAUGGGCAAGGCCCCCAAUUUAAAUUCUUUAAGGGAGAGAUAAAAGUAUCUCUUGAGCCCAAAGAGUCUCGAUUGCCUUUAGCUGCAAGUAUUGCACAUGUCAAAGUGGCACACCUUGGGGAGGCCUAUUCUGAACCUCUUCACUUGCUUUUAAUUUUGUUAUAGUGGAUCUAGUGUAGUCUGAUUCUGUGGAUUAUUUAACCCUUCUUACAAGACCUCUUUUUGGUGGGAUCUUUACUCAGUGCCCCAUAUAUUCAGCACUGUUUCUCCACUUUGAUGGUGGAAAUCAAAUGAUUCCCUGCCUUGUGUAAAUGCGGAUAAUUGUUUGGCUUAAAGUUGCUUGAUAAUUGUUCUUUCCCCGCGUUAUUUGUCUAGCUUUUGGAUUUUCACUUUAUGCAUAUGCAGAAUGGUAUUUAGCCAAAGACUAAAGGAGACUCGUUUGCAGAUUUCAGGAUCUUUUAUGUGUGUAAUUAGCUUCUUCCUCUUUGGUGGUGCUCUGUUCUGUAAUUUCUUGUGGCCUUGGCAUCCCAAAACCCUGAUCUAUGUCUCCUCAAUUAAGAACAUCACUGAGGUCUUUUUGGGUUACCUCUCCCUACAGUGAUGUCCAGAAUUUGUCUCCAGGCAGAAAGAUGGGGCUGUUGUAGGGCUCACCUCGUUCGUUUCUCUUUUCUCAGGGAUCAGUCCUGCUUUGCCUUUUCUUCGAUUUCAGAAAACAGUUGUUUGAUUUAUUUUGUCCAAUUUUCUAGUUGUUUAUGGUGGGAGGGAAAAUCUUGUAGCACUUAAUAUUUGUGGGCAGAAGCAGAAGUCAGAAUAUCUUUUAUUUUUAUUUUCUAAGUCUAAUAUAAUGAGUUAUUAUGAGUUGCUUUAAAAAAAAUAUUUCUAGAGACUUUCAUUUUCCUGUUCAAAUAGAUCUUAUUCAUUCUUUAGUCCUGCUUCAAGCAUGCCAAAAUUGAAAGUAGUUUUGCCUCAGAACUGUAGUUGUUCUGGUGUCCACUGUUGCUGAUGGGAAGACUGAUACCAGUGUGAUUCUGGCUUCAUGGCAAAAUACCUAUUUUUUCUUUCUUGAACCUUGCAAGAUCUUAUCUUUAUCCUUGGGCUGGAGAUUUCAAAAUUAUAUUUUAAAUAUUGGGGAGUUUUUUGUUUGUUUGCUUCAUUUUCUCAGGAUGGCACUUUGUGAGCCCAUUCAAUAUAGAGAUUGUGUUUUUCUUUAGCUCUGGAAAAUGGUAUUUCUGAUAAUUCCUUUUCAUCUAUUUUCUCUUUCUCUCUUUCUAAAACUCACAUUAGGUGGAUGAGAGAUCUGUUGCAUUGAUCCUAAUGCUACUUUUUGUUUUUCUUGUAUUUUUCAUUUCUUUGCCUAUUAUUUGUACUUCCUAGAACUGAUUAUUUUACUUUGCAUUCUGUAUUUUGGUAGUCAUAUUUUGAAUUUCUAAGAUCUUUUUAAUUUUUCUGAUCAUUGUUCUUUUUUAUGUAGCAUUUUGCAUUUGUGUUUUGGAUGUACUAUCAUCAUAGAUAUCUCUAAGUAUUAUAUAAUAAUUUUAAGGAAAUUUGUGUUUAUUCCCAUUAUUGUAUGUAUUUCAUCCAGGAUUCUUUUUUCUCCCUUUUAGUAUUAUCAUGGAUUCUAACGUUGGAGGCUUUCAUUAAAUGCCUGGUGAAUUUUUGUUUAUCUGUUCAUAUGAGAGAGGAUAAGUUGAGAGAGGAAAUUAGAAACCUGUUGGAAAUACUGAAAAUAUGGGAAGAACUUUACACUGGCAGGAUUUGGCUUAGUUAUUGGGUAGAGUGCUGGUCAUACUCUAGGAAGCAUCAAAAUGCCAGUAUAUCUGAUCUUUUCCAUGGGACCAUUCAAUUCCUUAGAGAAGAACACUGAUUUUUUUUAAACAGCUUUAUUGAGGAUCUAUUUGCAUACCAUAAAAUCCAUUCAUUUUUAAGUGUACAAUUAAGUGGUUUUUAGAAAAUUCAGGCUAAAUAUGGAGUUCACCUCUUGUACCUCCUUUUCUUAAGGAAUAUAGCCCCCAAGAUAGUCUGCAUUAAUUGUUCUCCAAUGCCUUCAAAUAAUUAUUUUAUUGAUUCUGUUCAUAUUUUAUAGUUCGUUUUGAUGGGAAAGUUAGUUCAAUGCAAGCUACAUUAUCAUGGCCAAAACCAGAAGUCCCAAUCUACUGAGUUUUUAAUUCAGUUAUUAUAUAUUUCAAAUUGAAUAGUUUUUGUUUGUUUCACACCUUCUUGCAAUUUUGUUGUAUUUCAAGUCCCUGUUUCACUUCUUCAGACAUAGUAAGUAUACUUUUUCAUAUUCUGUGUCAGAUAAUUCUAACAUCUGAAUUUUUAUGGCACUGAUUCUGCUUGUUUUGUUGUUGUUCCUACUGAGAGCUACUUGCGUUCCUUGGAAGUUUGUGGAAAUUCUUUGAGGUCUGCGCCAAAGUGAAUUCCUCUAGAAAUAAUUUGCAUUCACCUCAGUAAGCUACAUUGCAGCACUACCAAGGAUUCAUUUUAAGGAUAUUCUAAGUUUAUUGCCAGGUUCACAUGAUUGCACAAGUUUUUCCCUACAGAGGAGGAUGACAUUCGGGCUGCUAAGGCCCUGCUGCUUCUUCAGCACACGUACAAACUGGAUCUGAAGGCUCUUUCCAAGGGGGUGCUGGCAGGACUUGAGAAAUAUAGAAAAAGAAGCUACUUAUGCCCUAGUAUCAUCUUUUCUGGCUGUGAGGUGUUCUGGGAACUCUGAGCUGUAGCUGCCCCUGACGCAGGAAGGGUUAAUAAUCACUGGAAAAGGCUUGCCAACAAACUGUGACCCAGAGGUCUUGGUUUUCUUAUCUGAGGAAUGGAGAACCAAAAUGCUGCCUAUACUUCUCUCUUGGGUAUUGUGGGGAUAAAGCUGAGUUAUGAAUGUGAGGCAGGACCCCUGGCUGCCUGUCUGUGCUAGAGCUCUCUGGAGUGACUCCUCUCAUGAACAAGCCUGGCUGAAUCUGCCAUACUUUGUGAAGUUGUUGGAGGAAGAAAGGACAGGAAAGCCUGGAAGUGGGGCAUCAGAGACCAAGCAUGAGAUAUCCAACAAUGCCCUCAGGAUUCCCUGGACCAUCUGCAAAACCAAGAGGUUUUGUUUUAUGAGAGCCUCUGCUGUGGAGAGGAUGAAGCGAUCCAGAGUCUUUAAUAUCACCUCAGCUUCUGCCCACCCAUCCAAAGUCAGGGUCAGCCAAAGGUUGCUGAUUGUGGUAUUGGAGAAUUCUUUGAACCUCAUUUGGAUUAUUUUUUGGGAUUUGAGGACAAGCCUUUUGGAGCCUGAUGAGACAGGGAAUCGUGUGGCCACAUUCAUGAGCUAUAUGAGUGAUGUAGAAGCUGGUGGUGCCACUGUCUUCCCAGACUCGGGGGCUAUGAUUUCGCCCAAGAAGAAUGUAAGCACCAAGAUGGCAGAGAAUCUGUCUUGCUUCCCGCUUGACUCUAGUGCCCAGAGAGUGCCUGAUAUAUGGAGUGAUAAAAAAAAAAAAACCUUAAGAUGGGAUUUUGGAUCACCUACCAUCUGGCUGCCAGUGAGGACCCAUGCCUUCACAGUUGACAGGUCAGGAGUGACAGUAGGAGAUGUUGUCACAGAACUGAACUCACUGAUGGCAAUACUGCUCAUUCUGUACAAUCUCAAUCAAUCAAGGAUGAUGAGUCCAGUCACCCCAAUCAAAAGUCCCUUGCCAAGUUUCCAGAUCUGAACCAGUUUUCAGAUUCAGAACACACUGAUUGAAGAAGCAGCCAGACCACCUGAAGGGAGGAUCCCACAACCUCACAGCAAGAUAGUUCCCAAAUCCGUUAAGUGGGAAAGGGAGCAGCCAGUUGUGCUGGUGUUGGAUUCCUCGGUCACGCUGGCUCCUGAGUGGCCCAAGAUCAUCCUCUUGGCUCACCUCUCAGACGCUGUUGUUGAUAAGGGUAAUGAUAACAUUCCUGGCUGUGUACUGAGUACCUUAUAGCCUGGUGCUGAUCUUUGUCUCUAGAGCAUUUUCUAAACUUUGGGAAAUUUGUGCUGCCUUUCCAUCCUGACUUCCAUAAAAUCCACGUGCAUUUCUUUUAAUUAGAGGCAAGAAGAGGCUCACUCAUCAGACCCUGGAGCAUAGCCACUGCUGGCACCUAUGCAGUGAGGGGUCCUCUCCAGACCUGGAGGAUAAAGCAGUAGUUCAGAGCAGGGACCCCACAGUCCCCUGAGGGGCAGAUGAUAAUACAGCCCCGAGACCCAGGAGGCUGGCAGGCAUACCCCAGAGUAAGUGGUGAGGAGGAAGAUGCCCCAGUAGAGGACCUGUCCACCACUCACUGGACACUCUUCUACCCCGUUGCAGGGACAGAUGUCAGCCACUUGGCUGGGGUGCAUUCCAGUCACAGAGGCCAGGGGAUGGUAGGAAAGCUGUGGCUGGUUUGUGUUCCUGUGACCCACUGCUGCUGUGAGGGAGAUAGGACUGUGAGUAGUUAGGCUGGAGGGGUUUGCAGGGGCCAUGAGGGCCAGAGUGGCAGGGCAGGGUCUUAGGCCAGACCAAAGGGCUUGGAGUUCAGGCUGAGCCAGCAAGCAGCCCAUAUGGGACUCAGCCAGACUAAUCCCCUAAAAUGUAAGCACCUCAAGGGUGGGGUUCCUCCAGAGUCUGGCACAGUUCCUGAUACUUCAUAAGCACUCAGUAAAUAUUUGUUGAAUGAAUUAAUGGGUGCAUGACUCCAUCCGGCUGCCAUGGUGAGAGAAGCAGGAGGGGUCUGUCUAGAGACGUGUGGACAAGGGCUGCACUCCACAAUGUACUAGCAAGACACCACCCACAUCCAUGUCAGACUGGGCCCUUCUUGAGCUAACUCUUGCAAGAAGGUGACGCUGGAGGUGGAGGCAGCCUCUCCACAGCUCUGGCAGCGCGGGGAACUGGCGAGUAAUAAACUGGCUAACUUUUGCUCUUAUCAAUGAACGUGCUUCACUGCAGCCUGCCCAAGCCAAGCCCCAAGGGCAGGCCCCAUGGCCCUGUGAGCAAGGGCUGACCUUGACCCAGGCUUAGUCAGAUUUGGGCUUUGUUUCCCCACAAUUAGCUUGUCAGAAGGCAUCCAGUUGGGCAAGACUGAACAAUGUAGAGAAGAAUUUCCAAUAAUGACGAGGACCUUUGGGAAGCAGCUUCAGAUCAUGUGAAGGGAGGGAGAGAUCCAUUAUGUGAUGGACAAGCAGUGUCUACAAAAGGUGGAAAACCAACAGCAGUGUUGUUUAUAAAAGACUUUUCCUUGGAAAAAUGUUUGGCAGUACCUACUAAAGCAAAAAUAUGUGUAUCCUAUGACCCAGUAAUUCUAUACCAUUUCCAGUAUUUCCAACAGAAAUGCAUACAUAUGCUCACCAAAAUAUGAGUAUAAGAAUGUUCAUCAUAUCUCUAUUAAUAUUAGCCAAAAACCAGAAACAGCUAAAAUAUCCAUCAGCAGUAGAAUGGGGAAAUAUCUUGUGGGAUGCAAUGGAAUACUACACAGGAGCAAAAAAGGACAGAUGACAACUACGUACAACAGCCAGAAAGAAGUGCACAGACAUAGUGUUUAACAAAAGAAGUCAAAUUAAAAGAAACCAUAGACUAUGAUUCCUCUUAAAUGCUGUUCAAGAAUGGUCUAAACGAAUUUAUGGUGAGAAGUUGGAACAGUGGCUCUACGUAGGGGGAUGGAGGCUGACUAGGAGGGAGAAAGCACAGGAGGUCUUUGGGUGUGCUGGGAAGUAUUCUAUAUCCUACUCUGCAUGCUGGUUAUAAUGGUGUAAACAUAUAUAAAAAUUCACUGAACUGUACACUUGAGAUUUGUGUACUUUA